CCGGCAGUUCUUUUUCGUCCGGGAAGGCAGUGUGAGAAGCUGCGGGACAGCUCUGGACUGGGAACUGUCCCAGUUCACAGGACUGGAACACGGUCGCUGGGGCGCCGUGAAAGCCAAGCUGAGCGGCAGGGCGCCCGAGGGUGAAGGGGCUGCGUUCUCCCGGCCUCACCAUGCCCAGUUGGAGGCUGCUGGCUUGGGCCGGCGCCCGGGUGCUGGACCGCGGCACGGGUGGCCUGGGCACUGCCCUGGGCUCGGGAAACAGAACAGACAUCUGGAUUUUGGUUAGAAGUCUCCAUGGCAAGAGUGGUACUUGGUGGGAUGAGCAUCUUUCUGAAGAGAAUGUUUCCUUUGUUAAGCGAUUGGUCUCUGAUGAAAAUAAAGCCCAAUUAGCAAGUAAACUCUGUCCUCUGAAAGAUGAGCCGUGGCCUAUACAUCCUUGGGAACCAGGUUCCUCUAGAGUGGGCCUUAUUGCACUGAAGUUAGGCAUGAUGCCUUUAUGGACCAAAGAUGGUAAGAAGCAUGUGGUCACAUUACUUCAGGUACAAGACUGUCAUGUCCUUAAAUAUACUCCAAAGGAAAAUCAUAAUGGAAAAAUGGCAGCCCUGACUGUAGGAGGAAAAACUGUGUCACGUUUCCAUAAAUCUACAUCUAUAUUGGAAUUUUACCAGGAACUUGGAUUGCCACCAAAGCAGAAAGUUAAAAUGUUUAAUGUAACAGAUAAUGCUGUUAUUAAGCCAGGCACUCCUCUUUAUGCUGCUCACUUUCGCCCAGGACAAUAUGUGGAUGUCACAGCCAAAACUAUUGGUAAAGGUUUUCAAGGUGUCAUGAAAAGAUGGGGAUUUAAAGGCCAGCCGGCUACUCAUGGUCAAACAAAAACCCACAGGAGGCCUGGAGCUAUUUCAACUGGUGAUGUUGCCAGAGUCUGGCCUGGAACUAAAAUGCCUGGACAAUUGGGGAAUGUGGAUAGGACAGCAUUUGGACUAAAAGUGUGGCGAAUAAACACAAAGCACAAUAUAAUCUAUGUCAAUGGUUCUGUACCUGGACACAGAAACUGCUUAGUAAAGAUCAAAGAUUCUAUACUGCCUGCAUAUAAGGAUUUCUGUAAAAAUCUACCAUUUCCAACAUAUUUCCCUGAUGAGGACGAAAAGGAGCUACCAGAAGAUUUGUAUGAUGAAGAAGUGUGUCAGCCUGGAGCACCUUCUAUUACGUUUUCUUGACCUCAUUCACCAUGAGAGAACCCCACAGAUGCUGUGAAUUCUGAUGAGCCAGAACAGUAAUAUAACCAGGAAUUAUGGGGUUUUUUUCCUUAGUUACAACAUACCACACUGGUUAUCUUUUAAGCUGUGUAUUUCUCAAAUUAUCUUAAAUGUUUAUAAAUUUAACUUCUACUAAAGAUUUGUCUGUCUCUGUGAAAGGGUGGUUGUCGAAUGGUGUCAAGUCAUACGGAGACUAGAUAACUUAACCUAGAUUAAAGAAAAAAGAAAACCAUUUCUUGAGCCUCAAAAGCAGGGGAAUUCAGACCUUUAUCUAAACUAUAGAAAUAUUUAUAUCAUAGUUAAAGGCCUGACACAUAAUAAAAUCACAAAUUAUGGGUCUUAUAUAUUACAAUUGUGUUGGGAGGUAUAGUUAUUUUUUAGCUUGAUCACUCAACUAUAACUUUUUUUUUGGCUGUGUCUCACAGCAUACAGUGGUUAAGGUUCUGCACUCAAUCACCAGGGAAGUCUUGUAAUCAUUUUUCCUUGAUGCCUUCCAAAAGGAAUUUGAAACAACCUGGGUGUGCAUUCAACAAACUUAUUAACCACCUGUUACUCAAAAUGUUAAUAGCUCCUAGGUUUCUCUUCAUUGUAUGAAAUGAAAAUAUUUACUAAUGGCUACUUAUGACAGAUAAUUAAGCCUAACAAUGUUAGUAUCAUGCUCAUGUUCAGUUGUUCAGUCAUGUCUGACUCUUUGCAACUUCAUGGACGUAGCCUGCCAGGCUCCUCUGUCUAUGGAAUUUUCCAGGCAAGGAUACUGGAGUGGGUUACCAUUUCCUGUUCCAGGGGAUAUUCCCAACCCAGAGAUCAAACCCGAGUCUCUUGCAUCUCUUGAAUUGGCAAGCAGAUUCUUUACCUCUGAGCCGUGCUCUAGGCCAAUGUAACUAGAAGCAGGCCUUACUUAACUACUGGAUUUCCUCUGGACUAGAUUCCUGAGGAUACACAGAAUUUUAACUUUUUAAACUUCAGGUGUCUUCUAAGACUUGAUGCACAUAGCCACCCAAGAGACUUACUAACCACAGUGUUACACCUUUUAAUAAUAAAUUCAUUAGUUAUCAGGAAAUCACACAAAGACCUACCAGUAUUUUCAGGUCCACAUUGCGUUUCUUAUUCUUAAUUUUAAAUCCAGCUGAAGUCACAUCUCUCUUAAAGUUUUCAUUUAUACUUCAUCUUUUUUUUAUUAAAGAUUUGUGGUAGUUGACAGAGCCAUGCAUUAAAAUAGUAAAGUAAGGGGAAAACAUGUAGGAUGAUAUAAAUUAGUAUAGGUGGGGGGUUGAGAAGGAAUGGUGCCAAUAUAAUACAGUUGAGCAGGCUGAAAACAAAUAACAUUGAUUCGUUUCAUGUUUCUCUUUAAUUACGAGGUCCUCAAGAGGAGUCAUUUUAAACUGCAGUAAAUCUUGUUUAGCACAUUAUUUUUUAUUAAAAAUAAUUUAUCAAACUAGAAAUUUCUGAACUUGUUAAAAAUAAACAUAUUCCAGGG